AUGAAGGAGAAACCAUUCUUAUGUGUGUUGUGUAUUCAGGUAUUGUUUUUUCGUCGCGCAUCAUCUGAAAUGGAUCUGGCUAAUUAUGCUGAAUUAAAACAACAGUUAGACGCUUAUUUGAAAGAUUUAGCACCUCUCGAAGAAUGUGUUAAAAGUGAAUAUAUCGUUAAUCAAGAGGGAAAUAACGAACAACAAAUAGUUACACCACCAGCCAUAACGGAUCAACAAAAUCAUUACAACAGUCAGCAGCAUCAUAAACAUAAAUCGAAAUUAAUAACAAAAGAUAAUAGUAGCAGUAAACACGAUGUUGCAUUGUCCCAAGCCACAUUUUUACAAACAGAACAUGUGAUUGUAUUCACAGUUGAUUCCAAUGAAACGGAAUGUCCAGGAAUGUUGCCAGAAGAAAAAGUUUUGCAAGAAAACGCACGAAAAUUGGUAAAAAAUUCCACUUCCAAUUUAGAGUAUGGUACAGCUUCGGAGAAACGUCGAAAAUUUCUUUCAAAAGGCAACAAUAGUGUCGGCGCUAUCAGUGACCAUUUCGAAGGCCUUGAAGGGAUCUCCGUCGAUGCUGCAUCAACAGAGAACCUGAGCGUAACAUCAUCGGGUGACGAUUUAGAUAAAGCACAUAAUGAAAUGGAAACAGAUGCUAUCUUCGAUAAUGUGUCGUUCAGUGGAAGAGCUACGCCAAAUUUGAGCGGUCGUGAUACACCAUCGUCUUACCGUAGUUUGGACAGUAAUGAUCAUCGUCGUCAAGAACACAACUCUCAAACAAAUCACAAUUCAGCAAAUCUUAGUGGUAAUCAUCCAAACAAUCAUAUACUAUCAACUAGUCCAAUUACAAUGUUCAACUCUCAAAAUACAAAUAAUUCAAAUCGACAGAACUCGAUUCCAUGUGGACUAACAGCUAUACCAACCACUGUAGAAAAACCAUUUAGACAAGAUGUAACAGAAAAAUUUCAUAAUUUUGAUUUACUACAACAGAGCGACGUUGAUGAAACUCGUUCAGUCUUGAGUGAUAACUGGAGUUUGACACCGGGUCUCAGUGAUUAUAGCGACGUUCAGGAGCAAAUAUCUCGUUUAAAUGAAAUUAUUGAAGAAUUACCAAUAUCUCAAACAUUAAUUUUUCCAGAAAACAAUGGCACAUCAUUUAAGUCUGUAAAAUCGAUUGAUCAACAAAGUGAUUGUUGGAGUACGGAAGCAUUUGCAUCUGAUAGUGAAACACAUAGUGAAGAUGGCACAAAACGAAUAACAAUCGUUAAGCCAGAUCGAACGAAUUCGAUUGCGGAUCCUGUUGAUAUCAUGUUAAUGAAAUCAUCGUUAGAAAGUAUUUCAUCUAUGAGUGACAGUGGAAUAUUGGAUAGUGCAAAAACAUCGUUAAUAUCGUCCAAUAUCUCUGCUAUAUCCGGAACAAUUUUAAAAUCUUCACUACAAAUUGAAAAUAAACAAAAAAAUCCGUUAAAUUUUAAAUUAUCAGAGUCUCUGAAUAAUUUGCUGAUUUUUGAUCCGAGUCAGAAUAAUGUUGUUCCCUCUAGUACAAUGUCAACAAUAAAUUCUGAAAUACCAGCUUAUGAAAAUUCUAUGUCAUCCUCAUCAUCGUCUUCUCUCGUCACACCAUUUUCUGGUCAAACACAACUAUCACCCGCAACAGAGAAAAAAGAAACUGUGACAACACCAAUAACUACGCCAAAUUAUACGUCAACUACAGGAGAGAAACAAACAUCGUCCAAACCACAUGCAAAAUCGCGUUCAUCUAAUCUGUCAACUAAAUUACGUUUGUUUAGUGGUCGUUUUAAUUCUAAAUCACGUGAUCGUGAAGAAAUGAUUCGAACUCAACAAUCAGACGGAAAUGUAACGGCCGAUGAUAUUCUAUCGAAAUAUGCAACAAAUAAAACAUCACAACAAACAAAUGCCAUUGUCCCACCAGUAACUGUAAAAAUAAACGGAAAUAAUGAUCUCUAUACAAUGGAAAAACGAGAUACAAUUACAAAUGAAUUAACAAAUGAUACUGUCGAUACAUCGCCUUAUUAUGAUUCAUCUAAUUUCGACACAUGCAAAGCAUUUACGGAUGCUAAGAAAAAAUUACGUUAUGUUUUAUCCUUUGUUGAUCCUGAUUGUUGCUCAUCAUUAUCUUCUAUGACAAUGUCAAUUGUUAUGCAUCCAAAUAGUUCCAUAUCUUCAUCAUCUUUAUCAACAGGAUCAAAACAUCAAAAUAAUUUGAUAUUAUUUCUUCGUAGUCAAUUGUAUGAAGCAAUAAGUAUGCAAGAUCGAGAUUUACAAACACAAUUGUAUGAAACACUUCGAUUUAUUCAACAAUUUUCGGAAACAGAAUGUAAAGAGAUUGUGAGAUCAAUGGGUAAUGAUUAUCGAUCGAGAACAAUUUACAUUGCUUAUUUGGUUAAAAAUAUUGAAAAUUUACUAAAUAGUAUGCAACAUCAAGAAAAGUUAUUACUGAGAAUACAACGAGAUCAAGAACUAUGUAAACAACAUUUAAUCAACUAUUUAUCAAAAUUAUAUUUGGAUAGUGACGUACAUGAACGUCAUUUAGUUGAAUUUAUUGAACACUUUCAACAGUUAUCAAUUGGAGAUGAAAAAAUGCAUCUUGUUGAAGUGUUUUUGGAUAAAUGUAAUAGAGAAUUGUUAUCUGAUAUUAACUUGAAGGCUGCAUCUCCAGAACAAAUUCAAAUGGCACAGACCGCUAUUGAACGAAUGGUUAUGUCGAAAAUUUAUACUCAAGCUCUCUAUCCAAAUGGUCAGGUCGACGUACAACGCGAUCAAGUGUUUAGUACUCAUAUAACACGUUUAGCCGAAGAAAUUGGUCCAAAUCAUCCAAAACUACGAAUACAAAAAGUAUUUCAACGAGAAUGUCCAUGGCCAUCAGCUCAAGCUGAAUUGAUCUUGAUCAACGCAUAUAAAACUCCACGUGAUAAAGUGGGUUGUGUUCAGCGCUCUAUUCGUAUUAUUCAAAAUCUAAUUCGUUUAUCAUCAAACUCAGCGGCUGGUGCCGAUGAUACAAUUCCAAUAUUAAUAUUCGUCAUUAUCAAAGCUAAUCCGCCAAGUUUAUUGUCGAAUUUACAGUACGUUCAAGAUUUACAUUCUUCUCGUUUAACUAAUGAAGAAUCUUAUAACUGGACCAUGUUCGUAUCAGCUGUUCGAUUUGUUUGUGAACUCAUUAAUUGA